UUCUCUCCCGACCCAGCUCAGUCUGGCUGAGGAUGAAGUUCCUUUUUCCUCCCAUUCCCUUUCCCUGCCUCUGAGGAAAAGGUGGCUUUCCAAGGGGAAAACCCCACUGAACUCAGAACAAAUCCAACUGAGCACAAUUUUUGUUUUCCAAAAGUUCCUGGCCCCUGAUCCCUCCUGUCUCCUAGCCUCUCCUUUUCCUGGGGAAUCAGCCAGCCAAGGCCCAGCCUGGGUAAAUCCCAGCCUUAUUCCAUCACGAGGGAUAAAAUCCCAGUGACAGGGAUGGAGCUGAUGGGGAGGGGGGCUGUCCUUACCAUCCACCAAGCCCCUAAUUCCCAACAAAUCAGGCAUCCAGUGGGACGCUGGGUGUCAGGACGGGGGUGCCCAGUUCCCACAGGUGAUGGGGACACGGGGCUGUGGCUGUCCCCAGGUGGAGGUGACCAUCGGGUCACCUGAAGGUGUGUACCCCCUUGCAGGCGAUGUCCACGUCAGCAUGGCUGACCGCAACGGGCAGCUAGAGGUGGACGUGAUCCAGGCCAGGGGACUCAUCCCAAAGAUGGGCUCCAAGUGCAUCCCUGCCACCUAUGUGAAGGUUUACCUGCUGGAAAACGGCGUCUGCCUGGCCAAGAAGAAGACCAAGGUGGUGAAGAAAACCUGUGACCCCUCGUACCAGCAGCCCCUGCUCUUUGAGGAGAGUCCCCAGGGCAAAGUCCUGCAGGUGAUCGUCUGGGGCGAUUAUGGGCGCAUGGACCACAAGUGCUUCAUGGGGAUGGCCCAGAUCAUGCUGGAGGAACUGGAUCUCUCCAGUGCUGUCUCAGGCUGGUACAAACUCUUCCCAACCUCCUCCCUGGCCGACUCCAGCAUCGGACCCCUGACUCGCCGCCUCUCCCAGUCCUCCCUGGAGAGCUCCACCAGCCCCUCCUGCCCAUAGAGGCUGGGAUUGGGAAGGAGACAUCCAAGGAGACCUUGCAGAACUGGUCGUGGAGAGCUGUAAAUAUCCUUUUUAUUUUCUCCUUUUCAGUUUUUCAUUUUCAAUCUCCUUCCACCCCCCAAAAAAUCCGCCCUGGAUGCCCUCCCCAGGAAGGGAGAGGGAGUGAGGGCAGGGGGGAAGGAGAGGAGAAAAUUCCCUCCGAGGGCUGCGACUGCCAGCAAAUCCCAGACUGUUCCCAGACCUCGUCCUGGAAGCUCCCAGGUUCUCUCCCAACCCUGCUGGGAGCAGCUCAGUCUGGCUGAGGACGAGGUUCCUUUUUCCUCCCAUUCCCUUUCCCUGCCUCUGAGGAAAAGGUGGCUUUCCAAGGGGAAAACCCCACCGAACUCAGAACAAAUCCAACUCAGCACUAUUUUUGUUUUCCAAGGAAUGUAGCAUCUUCUCUUAUGUAGCUUUGCCACGUGCUAACAACACAAUCACUGCAAUAUCCAAGAGAACUCUGGAUGGACCGGGAACAUCUGCCAGUUUCAUCCCGUUUGGUCGCUUUCCCAGCACUUUUGGUGGCCAUUUCCCUGCCUUUUUUUUCCCAGUUUUUUUGGUUUUCCCGGGAGCAUGUAGCCUGUGACCAUUGCCAAAGCAAGAGGGGACAGGGAAAGGGGCGCUUGCCUCCCCUCAGUGUCCGCUGGGCUUCUCCUCGUGUCUCACUGCUGACCGUGCUCAUGUCCAGCCAAAACCAGACCCAAAGGACAGACUCUGGGAAUGCCUCACGGGAGGCGGGAGAAGGCGACCCUGCGGAGCGGGAAUAGCGGGAUCCUGGCGGAUCGGCUGCCUCCCAGCCCCCUCCUUCCCAGCUGGAGGGCUGAGAUGUCCUCCUUGAGGUCUGGAAUGCUCUCCUUAGAUCUUGGAUGUCCUCCUUGAGGUCUGGCUGUCCCUCCUCGGGGUCUGGAAAGCCCUGCUCAGGGUUGGGACACUCUCCUCAAGGUCUGGAAUGCUCUCCUUGAGGUCUGGAAUGCUCUCCUUGUGGUUGGGAUUCCCUCCUCAGGAGUUGGGAUACCCUUCUUGGGGUCUGGAAUAUCCUCCUUGGAGUAGGAUGCUGUCCUUAAAGGCUGUGAUUCCCUCCUCAGGAGUUGGGAUAGCCUCCCUGAGGGCUGGGAUGAUCUUCCCAAGAUCUUGGAUCCCCUUCUGGAGAUGUUCUCCUUGGAGCUGGGAUCUCCUCCUCCUCUUCCAGACUGGGCCGUCCACCUCGAGAUGUGGGAUUCCCUUCCUGGGCUCUGGGAUUCCCUUCCCGGGCUCUGGGAUUCCCUUCCCAGGCUCCAGCACACUCCCCUCGAGAUCUGGGGCAUCCUCCUUGGGGUUGGGAUGCUUCUGGAGAGCUGGGAUACCCUCCUGGAUACUUGAAUUCCAAGCAGGAGCGGAAUCCAACCCUGGUUCUUUCCAGGGGAACAUCUCAAAAGCAGCUCUGGAAUUCAGGGGACAGACAAAGGAGUGGAAGUUCCUUAGUGGGAUGAGUGUUUUUGGGGUUUUUUGUUUGUUUUGUUUGUUUUUUCCAAGCAGCAUUUUGGUUCCCUCUGAGGGAUCCAGUUCUUGUAGCAAACCCGGGAAUUACGGAAGCUUUUUUUGAAGGUGCCUAUUGAAAUUUGCUGAAAUUACUCAGGGGAGACACCACUAGAAACUCUUGGUUUCUUCAUCAAAUAUUCCUAAAUCCAAUGACUGUCCUGAAGGAUCAGUUCCCAAGAGAGAAGGAACAAAAUCCCGACACACCGAAAGAUGAGGAGACUGGAAGAGGACAAGAGGUUCAUGGGGAAUUUCAUGGGGCUGGCUCUGACCUUCAGUCUUCACCACAAAGCACCCCACAGCACUGUUGGGGGUUUUAUAGGAUUAUUUCUUGGCAAAACCCAGAAUUCCAUGAUGCACAGAGCACAACAAACCCACAUGGGCUUCUCCUGGUGGCACCGGGAAUGAAGAACCAGCUCAGCCACAGUGGAACAAAUCCAAACCUGAAGGAAAAGACUUGGGAUGAAGCUGUUCCACAAACCCAACCCCAAACCUGGUGGUCCAUAAAACCAAACCUGGGAGUCCUCAACCCCAAAUCUGGGGUCCACAAACCCAAACCUGAGGGUUCACGAAUCCAGACCUUGGGAUUCACAACCCCAAAUCUGGGGUUCCACUAACCCAAACCUGAGAGUCAACAAACUCAACUUGGGAGUCUACAAAUCCAAAUCUAAGGAAUCAUAAACCCAAACCUGAUGGUUCACAAAUUCAAGCCUUGAGGUCUACAAAUCCCCAAAAUCUGGGGUUGUAUAACCCCAAAUCUGGGGGCCCAAAACCCCAAACUUGGUUUUCCUUAACCCCAAAUCUGGGGCUCUACUGACCCAAAUCUGGAGGCCCACAACCUCAAACUUGGGGGUUCACAAGUCCAGAUUUGGGGCAUCAUAAAUCCAAACCUGAAGGUUCAGAAAUCCAAACCUGGGGUCCCAUAACCCCAAAGUUCCACAACCCUGAAUCUUGGGGUCCACAAAUCCCCAAACUUGGGAGUCUACAAACCAGAUCUGCAGGUCUACAAACUCAAACUUUGGGAUCUACAAACCUACACUUGGGGUUCCACAACCCCAAACCCGUGGCCAGCAGGACUCGUCUGUGCCGUGGCCGAUUCACCCGACACUGCCACAACUUCAGCACCAUUGUGACCGGGACUCGGAGCUGCUGCCGUGACUUUGCCAACUCCAAGGCAAUUCCAAGAAGGGAAUUGGCCGGAUCCUGCUGAGCUGGGAUGGGGAAAAAUUCAUCCUUUUUACCCCUGUGAAGGAUGAAAGAUGAAAUCCUCCUCUGCUGGUUGGAGCGCGGGCUGCGGUUCCUGGAUGGAGACCUCUGGGAGUGUGGGAUGGCCUGAACCUGCGGUGGUUUGGGGAACAAACUUGGUGCCCUUGGGUGCUGAGACAGGAACAAACAACAAAGAACAAGAACUCGAUGUUCUCCCAAGCGCAGAGCAAUUCCACGAGGCCAGUGGAAUCACGGCAAACAGAAUUCCACGAGGCUCAACCUGGCUGAGCCCGUGCUUUUGACUCUCCAUGGGGGAAAGUGUCCCAAAAGGAAAAGCUUUCCGCUCCUCCAAGCUGCCUCUCUUCCCUCUGGCUUCACCAACUCGAUGCUGAUGGAAACCCUCCAAAUGUGCCGUGGUGGGAUGGUCCCAGAUGGAGCAGGAGUGUGGGCAGAGCAGGGAGCUGAGCAGGGACGUUCUGCUCCUGGCGUGGGCACAGCUUCCCACCCCCUCCGCAUUCCCGCGUUCCUCCAGCAGCGCUUCCCUGCUCCGUCCCUGCCAGGAACAUCCCACCAGCAACAUCCCACGGCUGUGCCGUGACAGGGAGCAGGGGCGGGGGAUGAGCAGCACAGCGCGGCCACCGCGCGCUCCCCAGGGCCAACACGAGCAUCCCUGGCUUUCUGCUGGAAAAAUCCUGGUGAAAUUCCACUAGGGAAUGAGGAAAACUCAAGUAUUUUGGCUCAUGGAUCACGGAGGAUGAGUUGGGAGUGACAAGGACAAAGUGCAGCCCUCCAUGGGAGGGUUCUGGAGAAGUGGAAACACCAUGGAUUGCCCCAAACCCCAGGAAAACAUUCCCUCCUUCCCUUCCAGUCCCCUGGGGGCUGCCACACAUUUCCCAGCAGGAACAACCCACCUUAAACUGGUGUGGGGAGCCCAAACUCGGGGAAGAGCCAGGAUUGUGCCACACUGGGCUUGCAACAUCAGCCCCUCAUUUCUCAACCCCCAGGACCUCGUGUCAGACGUUUUGCUUCCUCAAACAGCCAGAAACACACAGCCAAGACACUCAGAAAUCCCCAACAGCCCCAUGCCAGCUCCUGAGGAAAUGAACUCCAUCCCAGGAUAAAUUCCUGCACUCCAAGGUUGUUUUUUUUUGUUGUUUUUCUGGGGGAAUAUUUCCUCGCAAAAGGGCAUCUUUUGAUGUGCAAUGUGAUUUGCAAAAUUCCCUGGAAGGAAUUUUGAGUUUUAUGAUUUCCUCUAUUUUCUAUCAAAAAAAGAAAUCCAAACCACUGGAUUUGCCGGGGAUUUUUUCCUGGAAAGAGGAAUUCAGAUGGAAUUAAAUCAGUUUUUCAGCCCAUUUGACACCCAGCCCCCAGCAGAGAGGAGCAGCUCCCACCUGACACUGACAGAGCUGAAAUCCAAACCCCCAGCUGUAAUCACAAGGAUGGAUUUGACAAAAAAAGCCUUGGAAUGAUACUGAAACAUCCCCUAAAAACUGACAAAAUUCACACAAAGCACAGAAAACACUCCAAGAUUCCAGGCCUGAGUUAUCCCUGCUUUUCCACCAGCCUGGAAUGGGCCAGAUUUGCCAAAAUCCAGUGAAAAUUUCCAAGAAAUCUGGAUCAGUCAGAAUCCAGCUCCUGUUUCACCAUCAUCAGGGCGUGCUGAAAACCUGGGAGAGGAGGUUUGGAUGGAGUUUUCCCGGAAUCCAGUGGAAUACAGCACCAAUUCCCUGAACCUACUGCCACAGAGCACUGGAGAGAGGGGGGGAAAAUUCCCUCCACCUUUCCCAGCUCUGCCAACCUUUCCUCCAGGAGCUGGCAGUUCCUGGUUCCAAUCAGACCAGGAAUUCCUCAGGAAUGGGAUCAGGAUUUCCUUGGCUUCCAGGGAAUCUCUUCUGUUCACUGCCUGACACCACAACUUGGGAAAUCCAGCCUGGAUUCCACAAUUCCCCCCUGGACUCACAAACCCCAGCAGGGCAGGAAUGAUUUUUCCUCAUACAAAAUAAUCCCCAAAAAACUGCACCAGGAAUGUUUUUUUCCAGGUGGAAAAUUUUUCUUCCAGUUGACUCAGAUGCUUCUUUCUGGAUGGAUGGGAAAUGCCUGGAUGUGGGAACCUCUGGAAGGUGUGGGAUUGGUUUGGAAAAGAACAGAAUUGUGCAGACCAAGGAACAGUGGCCAAGCUGAAUCCAACCUAAAUGUGUUUUUCCUCAUGGAUGGGAAGAGCUCUCCCUGCUUUCCCUCGGGGUUUCACAGCUACAGAUGGAUCUGGAGAAUUCCCUGCAGGAACAGCAGGGUUUGCAUCCCACUCUGGUGAGGGCAGCACAGCCUUUUCCAAUGUUUUUGUAGCAAACCUGUUCCAACUGGAAGUCUUCCCUCUGCUCCACAGGAUCCCAGGCUGGCUUGGGUGGGAAAGACCUUAAAAUCCAUCAAAUUCCAGCCCCCCAGAGGCUGCUCCCAGCCCCAUCCUGGGACACCUCCAGGGACAGGGCAGGAUUUCUUUUUCAUGGAGAAACCCCUCCCAAUCCGUGGCUGGUUGGUUAAAGGUGUGAAAAUCACUUUUAGGAGUUCAAAAGCUGCAGGGAUUACUUUUUUUUUGGGGGGGGAAAAAAAAGCAUCCCAAAUAACAGGAUUGGAAUUUUGGGGGUCACUCCGUGACCGAGUGGGACAAUCCUGCUCAGCUGAGGAAGAUUUUGGGUUUAAAAAGACUCAGAAAAGUGUCCAAGUGUUGGUAUGGGUGUCUGAGGAUCCUCCGUGUUGUGGGAGCCCUGAGCAUCCCUCAGGAACACCGGGAUGGACUCCAGAAAUCCGGGAGAAUCCAGGAGAUCCCGGUGCUCCCCCCAAGGGCCUGGAGCUGCAGUGCCUGGCUGGAGCUCCGCUUGUUGCUAUACCUCAUCCUUCCCUUUUCCCUGGAUCCUUCCCCUUCCCCACUUUUUCCAUUCCUUUAGGACCCCGAGCUUGUGCACUCAGCCACAUCCAGGUUUUUGUUGUUUUUUUUUUUUAUUUCUUUCCCUGUGGAAUGAAAAGCAAUCCAUGAUUGGGGUAGGCAGCUCCCAACCCUGCUCCCUUUGGGAUCUGAGCCCAAGGCAAGGGAAUCCCAGGGUUGGAGGGAUGAUCCCAGGGUUGGAGAGAUGAUCCAGAGGGAUCCCUGUGCCCCUUUUCCAAAUUUCCUGUCCCACAGUGCCUCCAGGGCUGCUCUGAGCCCCCCAAAACCCUCCCAGGGGUGGGAGAGGGGCUCGAUUCCAAAAUCCAGCACUGCUGCCACCCUGGGAAGGGCACAAAACCCUCUCCAAAGCCCUUGGAAGGGCACAAAUCCCUUCCAGAGCCCUUGGAGGGGCACAAAACCUUUUCCAGAGUGCUUGGAGGGGCACAAAUUCCUCUCCAGAGCCCUUGGAAGGGCACAAAUCCCUCUCCAGAGCCCUUGGAAGGGCACAAAUCCCUUCCAGAGCCCUUGGAGGGGCACAAAACCUUUUCCAGAGUGCUUGGAGGGGCACAAAUCCCUCUCCAGAGCCUUUGGAAGGGCACAAAUCCCUCUCCAAAGCCCUUGGAAGGGCACAAAUCCCUCUCCAGAGCCCUUGGAAGGGCACAAAUCCCUCUCCAGAGCCCUUGGAAGGGCACAAAUCCCUCUCCAGAGCCCUUGGAAGGGCACAAAUCCCUCUCCAGAGCCCUUGGAAGGGCACAAAUCCCUCUCCAGAGCCCUUGGAAGGGCACAAAUCCCUCUCCAGAGCUCCUGGAUAGACAAGGAGCCUCUGGAGCAGGCAGGGGCUGACCUUCCCUUGGGAGGACGCUGUGGAAUGCUGAUCCCAUUCCCUACAGGAUCCCAGCUCCCUCUGGCUGCGAAGGGAAUUUUUUCCUGCCACAGGGAAUAUCACAAAGGAAUUCCUGAUCCCGAGGGCCUCUGGAAGCCUGGGGGAGCCCCUGAAUGUUCAGAGCACUUUGAAGUUGGUGGCCUUGUUUUCUUAAAGGGCUUUGAUCUUUUCAUGAAAGGAGAGAAUCUUCCCCAUCCCAUCAUCUUCCUCCUCCCCAGCUCAGAAUUCAUCCCAGGAAAGAGCACCUGGAAUGUUCAGGAUGAUCCAGGACUCAGGAAUCUGUCAUUAAUCCCUCAAGUUUACACCUAAAAGUGGCUCUGGAGUUGAGAAUUUCUCCUGGAAUUUGGGUUGGGAGAAGCACCAGGGAAAUACAAAUAAGGGGGAAACUCCCAAUGGAUUUUUAGGAGUAGGCAAAGUGAAGUUUGGGAAUGUUUAUCCCACCCAAAAAUUCUGGAUUUCUGUUCCAAAUGGAGGGAUUUUAUCCAUAAUAAGGAAUCCUUCAACCCAGCUUCCCCCUACAAAGUUUGAGAGGGGAUAAAAGGGAAUUGUGGGAUUCCAGGUGGGUUUGGGUCCAGUAAAAAUAAAAGGGAAGAAAAGGGUGCAAAUGAUGAGGGAUUAAAGGCAAAGAGAUGCUCCCAGAGCUCUGCCAGGAAUUCCAAACCUUUGGAAGCUGAAAGGAGGGACAGGGGUGAAAGUGCAAAACCCCACAAAGACCCCAAAGUCCCUCCCAUUUUCCAGCCUCAAAUCCCCCAAAAUUUGCAUGGAAAGGGGUCACCAGGAGAGGUGGGGAAGUGUCAGAGCUUAAUUAACCACGAGUUAAUUGGCACUAAAUGAGAAAAAAGGGAGGAAAGGAGAGCCAGGGGAAGACUUUCCUUGGAUGUUUUAGGACUUGUGGGAGCUGGGAUGGGAAUAGUGACUCCAUCCCCCCAAUCUGUGCUAAACUUGGUUUAAUGACAGAUUCCUCCCAUUCCUCAACUCCACCUUCCCCCAAAAUCACCGGGAAGGGAGGAACUGGAGCAUCCUCGGAGCCCCAGUCCCACAUCCAAGAGAAGGGGAUGGGUUUGGGAUGGCUACAGAAAAGUGGGAAUAUUUCAAAGAACUAACAAAUGGAAUUUUCUACCUGUGUCCUGUCCCGUUUUCUAUGUGUGUGGUCCUUUCUUAAAUGUCAAACUCUUGUAUUUUUGUGGUUUCUAUCUGCGGGACCGAUGGCUCUGAGGGCGCACGUUGUUUUGUAAAAUAUUCCUGACAUUUUCCUUCCCCAAAAAAAUAAAAAAUAAAAAACAAAAAAAAAAAAAGGAAGGAAAAGCUGAAUUAUUCACCUUUUAAUUGGCUUUGCAUGUACAGUAUUGGGGCAGCAAGUGGAGAUGAUUAAAGCCAGCUUGAAAACUU